UAAUAGCCGAUUUCUCAAUUAAUAUUCAUGGCAGGGUGAAUCCGCUUAUUUAUCUUCAAUUGAUAUGAUGGCGGUACACGGAAAGCACCCCAUUCUUUCGCUUGAGUAAUGGUUGCAAACCUUCAGCGUAGACAUAGUGUUCGGCUAUAGAAAUCUAUUUCCCUAUCAACUUAGCUUCUUAUUAUUGUUAUUUUAUUUGGUCUCAAGAACACCGUGUAUUAUGUUUUUUGAAGUUGCAUUAUGUUUUGUUCUAUCAUUGCUCCGAAGCCACUGAAGUGGCUAUUUGACCGCGACUUUCGCAUGUAUUGCGAUGGAUUAUCUACGGUGAGUUUUUCCUAAUAUUCUGCACUACUUCUGGACGUCAUAGCUACUCCCAGCACCGUGAGACUUGAGAUGAGAUGAGAUGAUUUGCUACCUGCACGAGAGAAAACAUAUUUACUCGCAUAUUUUGUAGCCUUGGAUAUAUUCCCUAGGAUAUCCUACAUGUAUAAGUUUAUCUUUUAUGACAUUUAUGUGGCAAAAAUAAGUUCUUUGACUCGCAAAUAUGAACACAACUAUGGAGCACACUGGCAUUGAAGAGGUGAACCAAACGCAUCAACAGCACGAGCCUAUUAGUUUCGGAAUUGAUCAGAUAUUGAACAGCGCAGACCAAACCAGCAGCUGCAUGCUCCCAAGCCGGACCACCGAAGCGGAUUACCAGCUAGCCUCCAACGUUUAUGCCAAUGGCUACAACAGCGUCUACAACCCGGCCUGCUCUAUGGCGGCGGGACUCCCGGGCUCGUACAAUGUGAACAUGAACAUGAACGUAAACAUGAAUAUGAACGUCAAUGUGAACUCUGGGAAUGCAGGAGGGGUGAUUCGGGUUCCAGCACACAGACCUAUGCCACCGUCUGUUCACCCGCACGUCCCUACUCAUCCAGCCGCCAUGUCAACCGGCAUGCCAACGGUGGCAACAAUGUCUGGCAUGGGAAACGUGGGUAACUUCACCUUUCCUUGGAUGGAGAACAGUAGGAGAUUUGCUAAAGACAGACUGACAGCGGCACUUUCCCCAUUUUCUGUGACUCGACGGAUUGGACACCCAUACCAGAACCGCACGCCCCCAAAGAGGAAAAAGCCUCGGACCUCCUUCAGCCGGGUGCAGAUCUGCGAGCUGGAGAAGCGCUUCCACCGGCAGAAGUACCUGGCAUCGGCCGAGCGGGCCACCCUGGCCAAGGCCCUGAAAAUGACGGAUGCACAGGUCAAGACCUGGUUUCAGAACCGGAGGACAAAAUGGAGGAGGGAAGCCCAGGAAACAUUUAUGCAUGGAGAACUCUACAAAAGACUGCUCACAGAAACACGGGAGGCAGACAGCGGAGGAGAGGGAGGCAGAGAGACAGCAGGCCAACCGGCUGAUGCUGCAGCUCCAGCAGGAGGCCUUCCAGAAGACACUGGCGCAGCCGCUCCAACAAGACCCCCUCUGCCUGCACAAUUCCUCCCUCUACGCCCUGCAGAACCUCCAGCCCUGGGCCGAGGACAACAAGGUCACCUCUGUAACCUCCGUCGCAUCUGUGGUCUGAGCUCCCUGUUCCACCCUCACAUGGUCUGACCCAGAGACACGCACCAGGAACGGGGUGGUGAACUGCCCACACGUCACAUAUGGACACCCUUCUAUUGUAUUCACAUUUUGCAUUACAUAUGUGAGACUGUGGUGGUAUCUACCACCCCUUUGUGCAUAGGUCAUUUUUUCUACAACAGGAGAAACAUAAUAGACUGGAAAUAUUCAGUGCCUCCUACUCUUUCUUUUUUUAGUUUGCUUUCUAUAGCCCUCUUUGCAAUGAAUGGAACUGCUGAACUGUUGAUACUGAAUGCCAGUUUGAGAAUAUAAGAGUUAACCAGUGUUGCUUGUGUAUUUUGUACUGUACGAAGUACAACAAUCCAUUUUUUAGAAAAUGUGUCAAAAAAGCUGUGCAUACAAAUUA